AUGCAGGAGCUGGGGGCCACCGGGACAGAAGCUCGAGCAGAUUUUUUGGCGGAGAAUCUGGAGAAGAUGAUCGAAAGCUGUCUCCAAGAAGCACAGCCUCUGAACCUCGGUCGCUUAGUCGGGGUUUUUUCGAAGAGCGGAAAGUUCAAAAAGGCUACGAACAUGAUUUUGAGUAGCUCCGCUACCCUCGAAGCCGCCGCGCUGGAGCUGAGUCACAACCGUGAUGUGCUCUUUGAGGCUGUGCCCAGAAGCUCAAAAGCGACAAGGCAAGCUGCGGAGGACAUGAUGCGCUGCCGCAGCAAGCUGCUGUCUUCGACAGAGUGUAAUGGUGAGGUGCUGGAAAAAUCUAGACUGCUUCUGGGUCCAGUGCACUGUGAGCUUCAAGCGCAAGCGGCUGAACUUCAUGGCCGACUGCAGCACAUCCUGGAGCUCAUGUUGCGCCAAAGCGAACUGCUCCAUUUGCAGAGGUUCCGCGGAUGGCUGUCCGGCCGACAGGUGGAUCUUGACUUGCAAAAGUGGCAGGCCAGACAGGGCAACCUAAGCGUUGACGCUUCUAUUGUGGAGCAGGCACUGGAAGAGGCGCCGCCUGCUCUGCGCGGGGACCGUGAAGUUGUACUCUGCGCGCUGAAAAGCUCCAAGGGCUGGGCUUUGCAGUUUGCCUCUGAUGCGCUGAAGCGUGACCGCGAAGUUGUGCUCACUGCUGUGCGCCGGAAUGCCUUAUCAUUGGAGUUCGCUGCAGAAGUGCUUCGCGCAGAUCACCAGGUCGUUCUCGCUGCAGUGCAAGUGCAGGGCGAAGCUUUGGAGUUUGCAUCAGCGAACCUCAAGCCCUUUGCAUGCAAGUUUGCCUCGCAACGGUUGCGUGAAGACAGGGAAGUUGUGCUUGCUGCUGUCGUCAAGGAGCCGGGCGUCUCUAGUGAGCCAAGCUCUGGAUGUGUGAUUGAUAUUGAUGCAAGACUGAACUACCGCCGAAUUGAGUCGAAACUCGAAGUUCGCAAAUCAUGCAGGAUGGCUGCGCGCUUCAUUUUGCAUCUGGAGCUGCAAAGGCCAUGGGCGAGCCGCGGAAUUGAAGCGCUCAAGCAUUUCAAUCCGGAAUCUUCCACUGCUAAUGAGAUCCUCAUCCUAGACAAUUCGGCGACGCUCUAA